CUGCCAGCACGUCCAGCAGCUCAGAGCCUUUCCCACAAUGAGUGAAAGCUGUAUCACAACAGGACUGAGUCUAAUUAUACACCCACAGAAAGAGGGAGAAACAGGAGGGGGUCACAAAGGGUGAAGGAGCUGAAGUGUGUGUAUGUGUGUGUGUGUGUGUGUGUGUGUGUGUGUGCGCAUGAAACCAACAGAAAGCAGAGCGAGCUGUAGAGAGAGAAAAUGAAUGCUCGCAGCGGGUGAGAAUACAGAAGAUACAGCAAAUGAGUGAAUAGGUGAAGACAAGAUAUGGAAAAAGACAGUUUACAGCAUUAUGCUGGAUAUUUCUGCCUGCUGUGCUUCAGCUGCUUUCCCAUGAUCACUCACCAUAAAAAGACACCCAAAGAGAAGAGCUGCAGGUGUGAUGGACUGCAGAAGUAAGUGGCGUCACAUGGAUAUCUGCUCAGCACACCCCAUCAAGGUCAGUCGCAUCAGGUACUGCAGUGACAUUCAGAAAUAAGUUUGAUCUUUGAAUCAAGUUUCUAGGGCUACUGUAAUAGGUGAGCAGGGGUUCUGAACGUGACAGUGUGUGACAAGUGGUGUGCGUGAUGCUGAUCAGCAGAAGAACAUGUCUUUCUCCUAGCCCUUUGUUCUUCCCAGCCCAUGUAACCUAGAGUGGCCCAGAAGGCCCGGGGGAUUGUCCCAUGAAUCCAAGCCCAGACCGCAGCAAGGAGUGCCUCCCCCCCAAAAAGCGGGACUCCCGACAGGGCUCAUCAGAUCAGCCAGCCCCAGAGGAUGACUUCAAACCUCCUGCCCCUUUUCGAAGCCGAAGGCAGCACCACUCCACGGAGAGUCACCGAGAGAGCAGGGAUCUUCUACCACCCACGCUGCCACCCCUUCCUCUGCCGUUGCCUUGGCAGGUGUCCUAUACCCCCUCCAUGCAUCCUUCAUUCCUACCGGUCCAGGUGGGAGAGAGGCGAGGGUCAGCUUUGGCAUCCUGGAGAGAGACAUUGUGUGGACGGGGUAUGGACGGAGGACUGGAGCACACUAUUGCCCAUCACUCUCGUUGGCUGAGCAGUGACAUCCCCCCAAUUAGUGUGCAACCGCUCAUCUCUAUGCCCAUGUUCAAAAGUGUCUACACAGCCGAAUCCAGAGAAAUGUGGUCCUACGGCCCCAGUCGACGAGACUAUAGCUCAUCUCUUUUCUCCCCUCAUCUCUUUUCACAGCCUACAGUGUAUCCCCACGACACCCUGUCUGACAGCAGUCUCAGGUACCAAGGCAGACGGCCCAAUGGUGUUGAAGGAACAGACAGUGGGUCUGGGCCUAGCAGAAGGAUGGCCUCUUGCGAUGGCCGCGGUAAUGAAAAUGUGGCCAGGUUAGAUGGUCCACAUGCCAAUGGGAGGAGAAGACAGGAGAACACAACAAGACAGACCACCGGAAGAGGCCUUCUGCCACGAGAGAGCACAAGUGCACAUUCCUCACCAUGGGACAGGGACCCUCUGGGAACACCCAAAACGCCAAUACCCCCAUCACCAGAUGGAAAGACAGGAAGGGCAGUCACUUCUCAGGAUAAUUUCGGUGGUAGUUCCUCUCAGGCUGGAGCUCAAAUCUACUAUGCUGUGGGGUCCCUUUGCCAAUCUGCACACCAUAACCCUCCAAAGUACCCACAGCUCAGUCCUUCUGUAUCCUACUCCCAGAGAAAGUCCCAGCACUUCCAGCAAAGCCAACACAACAGCCAUGGGGUUGAGACCGAAUGGGAUCCCUCAGUUGGGUCCUACCACUCUCCCGUCGCUGUGCUCACUGGCCCUGACCCACCCCCUUCUGCAGUCCUACCUCAUUUUGCCAAAGGUUCCCUGAUCGAGCUGGCUGGUGGCCAUCUGAAGAGGGUGGAGGAGCUGAAGACAGAGGAUUUCGUGCAAAGUGCUGACACCUUGCCUGAGUUUCACCUGAGCACCUGCACUAUUCUGUUAAUCUCACCCGGACCCACGUACGGCUUCAACCACUUGCAGGUCUUGCUCACAGACCGCAACACUCAGGAGCUGCUCACAGUCUUAGCGGAGUAUCCAUUUUUCGUUCAGGACCGCGGCUGGUCUUCUUGCAGUCCCCAGCGGAGCGCCCAGCUGUAUGGCCUGCAGUGCCGUCAGCUCAGCACAGGGGAUGUGUGUCUGGCACUGACUCCCACACCUGCGUCACCUCACUCGGGCAGUCAGGUGCAGCGUCCACACAUACACUCAGAGGACAUGGUCAGCGGGACAGCGGGACAGUCUUCUCCUUCCAGUUUGCGAAGCGAACGGCCCCGCGCCCGCAAGAGACGCUGGUCCGCCCCUGAGCUCCAGCCAGGAAUCAAGACAAGCACCCAUUUACCUCAAGGCUCUAAGCACGAGAGACAGCAGUAA